CAAAUUGAUCGAUUGAUUGAUUGAAAUUUUCAGAAGAUUUUUCCAAUUUUUUUUUAAAGCAAUUAAUAAUCUUUCAAUGUGUAUUACGUGUUAAAUUAAUUACGAUGAAAACGUGUUAAAAUCCUGAAACAAAAAACAACAACAACGAAAAGCAUCAAACGGGAAGUUUGUGUUUGCGUGUGUGUGUGUGUGGGUGGAUAUCAAGACAAAAAAGUGUUUAGGAAAUGAAAUGAGAAAAUAGUUUCCGAAAAAAACAUACAAUCUAUCGAUCGUUUAUUUUAAAUUUUGUUGCUUUUUUUACGAGAAAAUUUCUCAACAAUGUCUACAGAUAAUUUUAAAAUAUUUUUCCUGUUUAUUUUCAUUUCAAUUUUUGCCAUUACAAAUGGACAAAGAUCACGUGGUUCAAUAUCAUCAUCACCACAAUCACCACAAUCAUCAUCAUCAUCAAAUCGACAAUUUUCACGUGGACAACCUGAAUCAUCAUCAAAUAUAAAUUCACCACCACCAUUAACAUCGAAUCCAGAUCCAGAUGAUGAUGAUCAUUCUGGUUCACAAGGGAAUUCUGGUGGUGCAGAUUUUACCUGUCCAAAAUCUGAUGGUCUAUUUGCCGACCCGAAUAAUUGUCGAAAAUUUAAUCUUUGUGGUAAUUGGCGUGCAUGGAGUCAAACAUGUCCACCAUCAUUGUAUUUUGAUUCCAAAUUGAAAUAUUGUACAUUUAAAACUGAACAACUGACUUGUGGCCCAAUUGAUGAAGCUGAAGUUCGUGCUGAAGAACGUGAAUUAAGUCAAGAUGCACUGCCAUCAUGUCAAUUGGAUGAUUGUCAUCUACCAAAUUGUUUCUGUACAAAUGAUGGUACAUUAAUACCGGCCAAUAUUCCACCAAGUCAAACACCACAAAUGGUUUUGAUUAGUUUUUCCGGUGCUCUAAACGACCUGGUUUAUGAUCAUUAUCGUCGUGUACUAGGUUAUGGUAAUCGUUUUAAUUCACAACAAUCAAGAAGAAAUCCAAAUGGUUGUGGUAUACGGGCAACAUUUUUUAUUAAUCAUGAAUAUUCAAAUUAUGCACAAAUACAAUGGUUUGCUGCACAAGGACAUGAAAUGGCUGUACAUUCAAUUACACAUCGACAACCAGAAACAUGGUGGACUGAUCAUGCAAAUUAUUCGGAAUGGGCAGAAGAAAUGAUUGGUAUGCGUGAAAUUAUGAUCGCAAAUGCUGGUGGUACAACAACAACACCAGUAUUGACCAGGGAAAAUAUUGUCGGUAUGCGUGCACCAUUCAUUCGUCCGGGCGGUAAUUCAAUGUUUGAAAUGGCACAUGAUUUUGGUUUUCUUUAUGAUUCAAGUAUUGCCGCUCCGAGAGGUACACCACCAUAUUGGCCAUUUACAUAUGAUUAUAGACAACCAUUUGAUUGUUCAAAUCAACCGAAAAAAGAUGAAAGCCAACGGUUUGGUCCAACUGAUGAUGAUUCAGGUUAUGGACGUGGUGGUGGUUUUGGUUCAGGUCGUGGUAGUAAUCGUGGUGGAGGUGCAAAACGUGCAAAACGUCAAACACCAUUUUUAGGACGUGCACUUAAAUGUCCAACUAGAGCAUUCCCUGGUUUAUGGGAAAUACCAAUCAAUCCAUUAUUCAAUGAAUUUAAUACUUGUCAUCAUGCUGAUCAAUGUGUAUUUCCAGCCGCAUCGGAUGAUGAUGAUAUUGAAUCGAUUGUUGAUUUUCUUAAAGAAAAUUUCGACAGACAUUAUAAUACAAAUCGUGCACCAUUUCAAUUGAAUUUUCAUGUUACAUGGUUUACACAAAAACGAAACAUUCGUGCCCUAAAUCGUUUUCUCGAUCAUAUACAAUCGAUAAAAGAUGUUUGGUUUGUUACGUUUCAGCAAAUGUUAUCCUGGAUACGUAAUCCAAAACCAUCGAAUGAAUCAAGUUUCCCAUGUGAAACAAACACUACUGUUUAUUCUUGUAGUCGACCACAUACAUGCGUUGUGAAACAUUAUCUAAAUAAAGAUAAUUCUGCUGCAAGUGAAGAUAAUUAUUCACGUGCCGAUACCCGAUAUAUGCCUGUUUGUCAUUCAUCAUUAUGUCCACAACAAUAUCAAUGGUAUGGUAAUACGGCUGGUAGAAAAAGAAAUUUUAAAACUAUUAUGCAAUUGAUUGAAGAAAAUCCACCACCACCAUCAUCAUCAUCGGGAUCUUCGGAAUCUGUUGAACCGGUUGGCCAAUAAGCAAAGAAUCCAGCAUUUGAAUCAAUUUCAGGAUUUUUUCAAUCUUUUUUCUUUGAAUAAAAUUUUCUCCAAUCAAAUUUUUUUUAAACACAAAAUUUCGCCAUAAUCUUUAUAUUUUCUUU